UCGUGUGAAGUGCACCGCCACCGCGUGCGUCCCUGCAUCUCCUCCUACCCCGCAAAGAUUCCAUUCUAGCUUCCAGCCCUUCCCAGCACAAGAAUCUCUCUUGAGUUUUUGUUUUAAAUUACAUGAUAUAGACACAGAACGUUCACGUCAGAGAUGCAGUGCAGGCGAUACAUCAUGUAUCGUAAAAAAAUAGCAUUGUUAAAUUCUUAAGUAAUUUCAGAAAAAUACAAGCUGGUACCUGGAGAAAUUUCUUCCAGUGUUCUGGCUCCCUUGCUGGUGUCUCGAGAAGCCCUGUGUGCAAUAUUCUCUGGAGAUUGGAGUCCACUAACUUCACCACCCCGCACGCACUCUAUCUGUAUAUAGCUGCCACCAAGUCGUCCAUGGGUUGUGUACUCCACAGCUAGCUUCUUCCAUUUCACAACUAACCCCAAUAAGCAGCGAGCUAGGAGAGUCGUCGUCGAGGUCGUCGUCGGCAACUAACAUGGCGUCGUCCGGGACGAUGCCACUGGCGUACCAGACGACGGCGGCGUCGCCCGACUGGCUGAACAAGGGCGACAACGCGUGGCAGCUGACGGCGGCGACGCUGGUGGGGCUGCAGAGCUUCCCUGGCCUGGUGGUGCUCUACGGCGGCGUGGUGAAGAAGAAGUGGGCCGUGAACUCCGCCUUCAUGGCGCUCUACGCGUUCGCCGCCGUGUGGAUCUGCUGGGUGACCUGGGCCUACAACAUGUCCUUCGGCGACAAGCUUCUGCCGCUGUGGGGCAAGGCGCGGCCGGCGCUGAACCAGGGCUACCUCAUCGGGCAAGCCGACCUCCCCGCGACGGUGCACUACUUCGCCAACGGGAGCACCAUCGAGACCGCCGCCGCGGAGCCGCUGUACCCGAUGGCGACGGUGGUGUACUUCCAGUGCGUGUUCGCGGCCAUCACGCUGAUCCUCGUCGCCGGUUCGCUGCUGGGGCGGAUGAGCUUCGCGGCGUGGAUGCUGUUCGUGCCGCUCUGGCUCACCUUCUCCUACACCGUCGGCGCCUUCUCCGUGUGGGGCGGCGGGUUCCUCUUCCAGUGGGGCGUCAUCGACUACUGCGGCGGCUACGUCAUCCACCUCUCCGCCGGGUUCGCCGGCUUCACGGCGGCGUACUGGGUGGGGCCACGGGCGCAGAAGGACAGGGAGAGGUUCCCGCCCAACAACAUCCUGUUCACGCUCACCGGCGCCGGUUUGCUGUGGAUGGGGUGGGCUGGGUUCAACGGCGGCGGGCCGUACGCCGCCAACGUGGUGGCGUCCAUGUCGGUGCUCAACACCAACAUCUGCACCGCCAUGAGCCUCAUCGUCUGGACCUGCCUCGACGUCAUCUUCUUCAAGAAACCAUCCGUCGUGGGCGCCGUCCAGGGCAUGAUCACCGGACUCGUCUGCAUCACGCCCGCCGCAGGGGUGGUGCAGGGUUGGGCAGCCAUAGUGAUGGGCGUGCUGGCCGGCAGCGUCCCCUGGUACACGAUGAUGAUCCUGCACAAGCGGUCUCGGCUGCUGAAGCACGUGGACGACACGCUGGGCGUCAUCCACACGCACGGCGUGGCGGGGCUCCUGGGCGGCAUCCUCACGGGGCUCCUCGCCGACCCUACCCUGUGCGCGCUCUUCCUGCCGGUCACCAACUCCCGGGGCGCCUUCUACGGCCGCGCCGCCGGCGGCGCGCAGCUCGGGAAGCAGCUAGCGGGCGCGCUCUUCAUCAUCGGAUGGAACGUGGUCGUCACCUCCAUCAUCUGCGUCGCCAUCAACGCCGUCGUCCCGCUCCGCAUGACCGAGGACAAGCUCGAGGUCGGCGACGACGCCGUCCAUGGCGAGGAGGCGUACGCGCUCUGGGGCGACGGCGAGGUCUACGACGUCACCGAACACGGCCCGCGCGGCGCCGCCGCCGUCGCGCCCGUGUCCACGACCCCGAAUUGAACUAGUAGUUAGUACACUAGCUGUGCAUUGUUAAUGUUGCUCGAUCGACGACGACCAUGUAUAUUGCUCCAUCAAUCCAUCCAUCCAUGCAUGCAUGCAUUGUGUUGAUGACCAUCCGUGACUAGGCAUUGUUUGUUCGUUAAGUUGUUCUUCAUCUUCUUCUGAAUCAAUUAAACGUUGGCUUGUGCAUGUAAAAUACGUACGUUCCUUUUUCCUCCUUGUAAUACUUACUACAGAUGAGAGACA